GAGAGGGAACCUGAGGGAGAGCAUUCGCUAAACGGAACGGGAAUCCAAGUUUUUACACUUGACCCGUCUUUUUAUUUUUAAGUCUUUUUAUGCUCGUUUACCUCAUCCCUUACUGACUAUCGGAGACGGGAUACUCACUUUGUGUGUGCGUGUGUGUUUUUUGUUUAUUUUUUAACUCUAUCGCCGACACUGAAACCUCGUUUGUUUUGGAUUAGCUAGCUAACGUUAGCUGUUUUUCCCCAUCAGCUAACGUUAAUCUGAGAAAAAGAAACGGGCGGCGUGGUGGAGAGUUUUCCUCACUCCACAGCAGCGUGCAGGUUAAACGGAGCCGUUGUUUUUGCCCCCUCCCCACCCCCCCAACACCCCUCCCCACAGUGGAUGGAGAAAGAAGUAACGUUUGCCUCCCAAGUUUUCCCUCUUUGUUUUCUUUCCCCUGUUUUGCCGUUUUAUGGGUGUUCAUUCGUUCGCGGCGUGGUGGUGGUCGGCGAGGGUGAAGGAGUUCAGAGGAGGGUCGUAGCAGGGAAAGCUGAAUCGCUGCACGUUUUUCCUGCACGUAGCUGCUCGGAGGAGUUUCCUGGGAUGUACUCCCAACUGUCUUAAAAAGGGGUGAGCUACUGAGAAGAUACUUGCAAGCAGGAGUAAUAUAAAGACCCGUGGACUUCAAAAGAGAGGGCGCAAACCCUGUCACCUCCCGUUCUCGGCUCUGAAUUUGGCGAUAUCCACAACUUUCAGCCCAUGUCUGCUGGAGGAACAGAAACGAGACAGUUUUUUUUAACGCUGUGCAUAAGAAAAAUACUUCUUGCAAAUUCUUUUUGAAGUGGCUCUUCUCUCACCGGAGCAGUGCAUUACAGAGAAAUGAGUCCGGGGCCACUGGACCUCCAUCGGGGACCUUCAAACUAGCCCCUCUGCGUGUGGGAUAUUAAUAACACUACUAUUAUUUCUCUCUUGAUUCGCAGCAAAAUUGAACAGAUGAACGUGGACCGGCGCCUUCACUUAUGGAAAAUGAAGAUUUUUACUCGCACAUGUGUUACCAGAACCCAAGAUCACGUUAUUUAGUGGUCCACAUUUUUUCCAGGGCUCACAUACAUCACAGACUGGGCUGGGAAGAUACUCAUAAAUUUAUUACCACCCCCCCCGGCUUGCGGGGGGCAACCUUGACUCAGUUCCCUUUAUUGGACCUUCAGUUAUAAGACUUUUUUUUUUCAUUUUAUCUUUCGAUAUUCCAGCGCCUUUUGAAAUAACACCUCUCCCUCAAGAUUGGAGUUUUUUGAUAAGCUUCAAGAGGAGAGCACAACUUAUCCUCAAGUCAAAAUGAGGCGGUGGACGCUAAAGCUGCGAGCACAAAUUGUGUUUUUUAUCAUCUGCACCUGCAUUAUAUGCCAGUGUGGACUAAUAAACGGAGAAAUCUGCCCAAGCAAGGACAUCCGGAACAAUGUGACCAACCUCCAGUCUUUGGAGAACUGCACCAUCAUCGAGGGCCACCUGAAGAUUCUGCUCAUGUUUAAGACCAAGACCGAGGACUUCCGGGGCCUCAGCUACCCGAAGCUGCGAGUUGUGACCGACUAUGUGCUGCUGUUCAGAGUCUAUGGCCUCGAGACCCUCAGUGAUCUCUUCCCCAACCUGACAGUGGUCCGCGGCAACAACCUCUUCUUCAACUAUGCUCUUGUGAUUUAUGAGAUGCUGCAGCUGAAGGAGGUGGGCCUUCACAGUUUGAUGAAUAUCACCCGGGGCGCCGUGAGGAUUGAGAAGAAUCCAGACCUUUGCUACCUGGCCACCCUCGACUGGUCCAAGAUCCUGGACUCGGUGGAGGACAACUUCAUUGUGGCCAAUAAGAAUGACAGGGAGUGUGGAGAUGUGUGUCCUGGCACGGCCCAAGGUCAGACCAUCUGCCCACAAAACACCAUCAACGGACACUUCAGGGGACGGUGCUGGUCGCAGAACCACUGUCAGAGAAUUUGCUUGGACAGCUGUAAGCAUGGUGGGUGUAGCCUCCAGGGCCAGUGCUGCCAUGACCAGUGCCUGGGCGGCUGUUCUGAGCCGGGUAAUGCAAGUAGCUGUGUGGCCUGCAGGAACCUCCAGCAUGGGAACGCCUGUGUAGAGAAAUGUCCUCCUGGGUACUAUGUCUUCAGGGGCUGGCGCUGCGUCAGCUUCUCCUUCUGCCAGGAACUCCACAACCAGUGUAAGCAGACAAGGAAGUUGAACCAGGAUCGGGAGUUGGGCUGCAAUGAAUAUGUCAUCCAUAACGGGGCCUGUAUUCCUGAGUGUCCUUCUGGAUACACCACUAUAAACUCCACUACGUUGACGUGUUUGCCAUGUGCAGGCCUGUGUCCUAAACUGUGUGUGGGAAAUAAGACAAUUGACUCUGUAACUUCAGCCCAGGCAUUGAGAGGCUGCACUGUUCUCCACGGCAACAUGAUCAUCAAGAUUCGAGGAGGGAAUAACAUAGCUGCUGAGUUGGAGGCUAGUUUAGGCCAGAUUGAGGAGAUCACAGGUUACCUGACUGUUCGCAGAGCGUACGCCCUGGUCUCCCUCUCCUUCCUCCGUAAACUACGCAUCAUCAGGGGGGAGCAUCUUGAGACAGAUAUUUAUGCCUUCUAUGCGCUGGAUAACCAGAACCUGCGAGAACUGUGGGAUUGGUCCAAGCACAACCUGACCAUCCAGCGUGGUCGUAUGUUCUUCCACUACAACUCCAAACUUUGCAUGUCUGAAAUCAGAAAGAUGGAGGAGGUAACAGGAACCAAGGAGCGCAACCAAAAGAAUGACAUCGCUGUACGCAACAACGGGGACCAAGCCUCAUGUGAGACCAAGCUGCUGAAAUUCACCGUGAUCAAGACCACAUCGAAUAUGAUUAUGUUGAAGUGGGAGCCGUUUUGGCCCUUAGACUUUAGAGACCUGUUGGGAUUUAUGGUUCUCUACAAAGAGGCGCCAUAUAAGAAUGUGACGGAGUUUGAUGGCCAGGACGCUUGUGGCUCUAACAGCUGGGCAAUUGCUGAUGUUGAUCCUCCAUCCCGUUCCACGGACAGCAAGAAAGCAGAGGAUCCGGGGUACCUAAUCCGACCAUUGAAACCCUGGACCCAGUAUGCCAUCAUGGUUAAAACCCAAUUGUCUGCAUCUGAUGAGAACCAGGUUCAUGGAGCCAAGAGCGAGAUCAUCUACGUCCGCACCAAUGCCUCCAAGCCCUCAGUGCCUCUAGACCCCAUCUCCUCCUCCAACUCAUCCUCCCAGAUCAUCCUGAAGUGGAAGCCACCAACCAGUCCCAAUGGCAACAUCACCCACUACCGGGUCAUAUGUCGCAAGCAGCCUGAGGACAGUGACCUCUACAAGUUCGACUACUGCCUACAAGGAAUGAAGCUGCCAUCUCGUACCCCAACCCAUCUGGACAGUGAGGAUGAGCAGAAGUGGAACCACACAGAUGAACCCACAUCAGGGGGCAGGUGCUGCGCCUGCCCCAAGACAGACAGCCAGCUAAAAAAGGAGCAGGAGGAGAUAGAGUACCGAAAGACCUUCGAGAACUACCUCCACAAUGAAGUCUUCGAGAGCAGACCGUCUCGUCGACGACGCUCAGUGGGAGUUGCCAACGCCACCCAAACCCCUCACUUCCUUACCACAGCCCCCAGUCUGCCAUUUGGCUCCAGCACCGCCACCCCUGAAGACGAUGACGAGGAUGAAGAGGGAUCCAAGGUGGAGCUAAAGGUGCUCUCAAAGGAGUCAACAGUUAUCUCCAACCUGCACCACUUUACCAGUUAUAAGAUAGAAAUCAUGGCCUGCAACCAUCCGACAGACAUCAAACGCUGCAGCAUGGCCACCUAUGUCAGUGCCCGAACCAUGCCUGAGGAAAAAGCAGACGACAUCCCAGGCCUUGUGACCCAUGAAAUAGUGACAGCCGAACCUCCCUAUGUGCUUAUCAAAUGGAAUGCACCGCGCUCCCCUAACGGCCUCAUCAUCCUGUAUGAGGUAUUCUACAGGAAGGUUGGGGACACAGAGGUUCACACAACUUGUGUGUCACGGCCGGCCUACCUCAAAUCAGGUGGCACGAAGCUUUCGCUUGUGCAGCCUGGAAACUACAGCGUGAGGGUCCGCGCCACCUCCUUGGCAGGAAAUGGCUCUUUUACAGAAACCACUUACUUCUUCAUGCCCAAUCCGGAUCCAGGUUUAAUUUGGAUUGUUAUUGGUCCGGUCGUCUGCUUCAUCCUGUUGCUUUUUGCAGGAGGUGGAGUCUUUUGGAUCUUCAAGAAAAGGCAAACAGAAGGCCCGACAGGACCUCUAAUUGCCUCCUCAAACCCUGAGUACAUCAGUGCUAACGAUGUCUAUGUUCCUGAUGAGUGGGAGGUGCCCCGGGAGAAGAUCACGGUGCUCAGAGAGCUGGGUCAGGGCUCCUUCGGCAUGGUGUACGAGGGAAUUGCCAAGGACAUCGUCAAAGGAGACCCGGAGACACGCGUAGCUGUCAAGACGGUCAAUGAAUCAGCCAGCCUGCGGGAGAGGAUCGAGUUCCUCAACGAAGCCUCGGUCAUGAAGGCCUUCAGUUGUCACCACGUGGUACGUUUGUUAGGUGUGGUGUCCAAAGCUCAGCCCACCCUGGUGGUGAUGGAGCUGAUGACCCACGGUGACUUGAAGAGCUACCUGCGGAGUCUCAGGCCGGACUCUGAGAACAACCCAUCAGGCCGUCCACCACCCACACUGAAGGAGAUGAUCCAGAUGGCUGCAGAAAUUGCAGACGGCAUGGCCUACCUCAAUGCCAAGAAGUUUGUCCACAGAGACCUGGCAGCCAGGAACUGCAUGGUGGCAGAGGACUUCACUGUCAAGAUUGGAGACUUUGGUAUGACGCGAGACAUCUAUGAGACUGACUACUACCGUAAAGGAGGGAAGGGCCUGCUUCCUGUCAGGUGGAUGGCUCCUGAGUCUCUGAAGGACGGAGUCUUCACUGCCCACUCUGACUGCUGGUCAUUUGGUGUUGUGCUUUGGGAGAUCAGUACACUAGCAGAGCAGCCUUACCAGGGUUUAUCCAACGAACAGGUUCUAAAGUUUGUAAUGGAUGGAGGAUACCUAGACCGGCCAGACAACUGCCCGGAAAGAAUGCACAACCUAAUGCAGAUGUGCUGGCAGUACAACCCCAAGAUGCGGCCGAUGUUCCACGAGAUCAUUGAUAUGCUGCGGGAGGACCUGCACCCCUCUUUCCAGGAGGUCUCCUUCUUCUACAGUGAGGAGAACAAAGUCCCGGAGACAGAGGAGUUUGACCUGGACCUGGACAACAUGGAAAGCAUCCCUCUGGACCCGUCUUCAUACUCCCAGAGAGAGGAAAGCUUAGGCAGGGACAGCGGGCCCUCGGUGGCCCUCAGGGGGAACUAUGAGGAGCAUGUCCCCUACACACACAUGAACGGUGGCAAGAAAAAUGGACGAAUCUUAUCGUUGCCCAGAUCCAGCCCUUCCUAACAUUUCCUGUUUCCUAAAUGAAUUUGUUUAACCUUCCCUACUCCUUUCCAACCCUUCUUUCUCUUCCAGUCCAUUUUUCUGUAUCCUUCAUGUUCCUCUCAUCAUUUUCUAAUGAUUUUGUUAUUCUUGGAGAAGCCCUUCAAAAAAGACACAGAUCUCAGGACUUUUUAUUUUCUUCCUCAUAGCUGCCAAACACAGGCAAGCAAGGGAUGCAAACAUGGUGUAACACUUUUUUAACUUCCUCCACAACACAUCGGACUCUCUAUUACCAGAUUACCUAUCUAUUGUUUUUCACCAUUGCCACGUUUCCAGGACUCAUCGUGAUGGAAACAGAGAGAGAAAAAAAACUGUGAACACAACAAACCUUAGACAACCAAGAAGGCUGCUUAUGCUCAACCUCCUCAAGACUUGUCCCUCCUUUUCACCCCCACCAAAUCUGCAUUUCCACUUUUCUGUGCUUUGUUUUUUUCUCCAAGUGAAAUCUUUUUACUCAGAUAGUGGCCUUUUUAUAUGUGGCCUAUAAACAAAGAGAAGUGUCUAUCAGCGCUUAUACUAAUUUCCUUUUGAACAAUGACUUAAUCAGUUUGGAACGGUGGGAUGACUUGCAAAGACUUGAUGCUAGAACAAAACAUCUAUUCCUAGAGGAAUGUUUUCUUUUUAUUUGUUUGUUUUUCUUUUUGGUUCUGCAGAAUUCCAAACUACACACAGAUUCAUCGGGUUUUUGGUGAAUAGUUUUAAUUUAUUUACUUUUGUUGGUAUUUUCCCUUCUACUCUCUCUUCCUUUCUCUCUGUUUUAUUUCUGUGUCCUCACUAUAUGGCUGAAGGAUAUUUAAACAGUUAAGAAUUGGACAAAAGAGUUCCUCAGACUGACCAAUAGCUGCUGCUUUGAUAUAUUUUAGUGGGUAUAGAAAUAUAUAAAUAUAUAUAAUAUAUAUAUAGUAUAUAUGGAAUAUUGGUAUUUCUGUACCAAUAUUUUAUAUAUAAUAUAUGACAUACUGAUGUUUUUGUAAAUAGUUCAUAUUUGUAAGAUUAUUCAUCUAAAGCUUUGCUAGUAUUUUGUUUUGCAAGAUUUUUUUCUUUCCUGGGUUUUUUUUUUUUUAAUUUCUUAUUUUUAUAGCCCCGGAAAUCAUACUAAUCUACGAUCAGUGCUCUCUCCAUCUGGAUGGGAAAGGGCAAAGCCCCAAAUUAUUGUCAACUCAUCUAUUUUUUUUUUUUUUUUUUUUAGAUAAACCUCGUCCCCACU